AGGGAAGGUGAAGCGAUAAAAUUGGAUGGUUUAUCAGCGGCUGAAGUAAAACAGCUAAAAGAUCGAGCUGAAAAAUAUGAAUUUCAAGCAGAAGUUAAUCGUAUGAUGAAACUUAUCAUUAAUUCACUUUAUAGAAAUAAGGAGAUAUUUCUUCGUGAACUUAUAUCUAAUGCAGCUGAUGCUCUUGAUAAAAUUCGGUUGAUAUCAUUAACUGAUCCAAAAGCGCUUUCUGCUACUGAAGAACUCACCAUUCGUAUUAAGGCCGAUAAAGAUAACCAUAUUUUGCACAUAAUCGAUACGGGUAUUGGUAUGACAAAAGAUGAAUUGAUAAAUAAUUUGGGAACAAUUGCCCAUUCGGGAACAUCUGAGUUCUUGUCAAAAUUAUUAGAUUCAACAACUGAACAGCAACAAGAUUUGAUUGGGCAAUUUGGUGUUGGCUUUUAUUCAGCAUUUCUUGUGGCUGAUCGUGUCGUUGUCACGACAAAGCAUAAUGAUGAUAAACAGUAUAUCUGGGAAUCUGAUUCCACAUCAUUCACAGUUGUUGAAGAUCCACGAGGUCCUACGUUAAAACGUGGUUGUCAGGUUUCUCUGUAUUUAAAAGAAGAGGCGCAGAGUUUCACAGAACCAGACACCAUUAAAAGCCUAAUUGAGAAAUACAGUCAAUUCAUCAAUUUUGAUAUACAUUUCUGGGACUUAAAGGUGGUAACUGAAGAAGAACCAGUAGAAGAAGAUGAGGCGAAGGAAUCGAAAAAAGAAUCUGAAGAUGAAGAUGGUAAAGUGGAAGAUGAAAAAGAAGAAAAGAAAACAAAAAAAAUUGAAAAAACUGUUUGGGAUUGGCAAAAGAUCAAUAAUGUAAAACCAAUUUGGAUGCGUAAAACUGAUGAAGUUUCAACUGAAGAAUAUCAUGAAUUUUACAAGACCGUCACUAAGGAUUAUGAUAAACCACUCUCUUAUGUGCAUUUUAUUGCUGAAGGUGAAGUGUCAUUCCGAUCAAUUUUAUAUAUACCGAAGAAAGGACCGCAUGAUAUGUUUCAAAAUUAUGGCAAGGGUACUGAAAAUAUCAAAUUGUAUGUGCGACGUGUUUUCAUAACAGAUGACUUCGAAGACAUGAUGCCAAAAUAUUUAUCGUUUGUAAGAGGGAUCGUGGAUUCAGAUGAUCUUCCAUUGAAUGUGUCUCGAGAAAAUCUUCAACAGCACAAGCUAUUGAAGGUGAUCAAGAAAAAAUUAGUUAGAAAAGUUCUUGAUAUGUUGAAAAAAAUGGAACCUGACGACUAUGAAGAAUUUUGGAAAGAAUUUAGUACAAACAUGAAGCUGGGAGUUAUGGAAGAUCCUCCAAAUAGAAUUCGCAUAUCGAAACUUCUCAAAUUUAAUUCUUCACAUGAUCCAAUUAAGCAAACGAAAUUGGCUGAUUACGUAUCACGUAUGAAGGAAAAACAAGAAGCUAUUUAUUAUAUAGCUGGCGUAUCACGUAGCGAAGUUGAGUCAUCACCUUUUGUUGAACGAUUACUUGCAAAAGGUUAUGAAGUGCUGUAUUUGACUGAAGCUGUUGAUGAAUAUGCAAUCCAGUCGAUGCCUGAAUUCGACGGAAAGAAGUUCCAGAAUGUUGCUAAGGAUGGACUUAAAAUUGAUGAUGAUUCAAAAACCCAGGAGUUGCAAGAACAACUGGAAAAGACAUUUGAACCUCUCACGAAAUGGCUUCAUUCCACUGCCCUUAAAGAUUUGAUUGAAAAAGCAGUCGUGUCACAACGACUUGUAAAAUCACCUUCAGCUUUAGUCGCAUCGGCUUACGGUUGGUCCGGAAAUAUGGAGCGUAUUAUGAAGUCUCAAGCGCAUUCAAAAACGAACGAUCCUACUCAGGAAUUCUACGCCAGUCAGAAGAAAAUAUUUGAAAUUAAUGCUCGUCAUCCGGUCAUCAAAGAGCUGCUUCGGCGAGUCGAAAGUGAUCCAGAGGAUCCGACAGCCCUUUCCACUGCUAAACUCCUUUACGAAACUACUACUUUGCGGUCUGGUUUCAUUCUUAAGGAUCCAGUAGGUUUUGCCGAGAGAAUAGAACAGAUACUCCGGCAAUCAAUGGGUGUUUCUUUAGACGAAAAGGUUGAAGAGGAACCGGAAGUCAUUGUUGAUGAUGAUGAAGAAUUAGAGCAAGAACAAAAAAGUGAAGAUAAAAUCAAGGUUGAGGAAGAGCAUACAGAACUUUGA